GUCCUUUACUUUAGUUUCUCACUUUGAAUAGAUAUAUCGUUUGUAUUGUUAAUUAUAAGUUCAAAGUCCCUAUUUUAAUUUUAUACUUAAAUAAAUUGUAGUUAAUUAACAUCAAAGUUUAAGAUGAAUCCCUUAACACAGCUGGCCCGAGCUACGCGCCCCAUAUAUAAAAAACUGUCGACAUCAGCUACAUUAUCGUCAGCCAAACCUAUUCCGACGACAGGAUUUUGCUUUGAGUUGAAUGAUGAACAGAAAGCACUUCAGGAGCUAGCUAGGAAGUUUACGAGGGAAGAAAUCAUACCAGUUGCGGCGCAAUAUGACAAGACUGGUGAAUACCCAUGGCCCAUUCUCAAGAAGGCUUGGGAACUCGGUCUUAUGAAUGGACACGUUCCCGUACAUUGUGGGGGUGUUGGGGAUUUUGGAGUGUUCGAAGAAUGCCUUGUUGGUGAGGAAUAUGCCUUUGGGUGUACAGGAAUAACUACUGCUAUUGGAGGCACGAACCUGGGUCAAGCACCUAUAAUUCUUGCUGGCAACAAGGAACAACAGAAGAAAUAUCUCGGCAGAUUGAUUGAUGAACCUCUAGUAGCCGCAUAUUGUGUGACGGAACCUGGCGCGGGCUCCGACGUCGCAGGGGUUAAGACUAGAGCAGAGAAAAAAGGCGAUGAAUGGAUCCUCAACGGUCAGAAGAUGUGGAUCACCAACGGUGGUGUUGCCAACUGGUACUUCGUCCUUGCUCGCACAAAUCCUGAUCCUAAGUGCCCACCAAGCAAAGCCUUCACUGGUUUCAUCGUCGAGAGGGAGUGGCCCGGCGUUGUUCCUGGACGCAAGGAACAAAACAUGGGCCAGCGUGCCUCGGACACUCGUGGCAUCACAUUCGAAGAUGUUCGCAUCCCCAAGGAAAACGUACUUAUAGGCGAAGGUGCCGGUUUCAAAAUUGCCAUGGGUGCAUUCGACAAGACUCGUCCUCCGGUAGGAGCAGGUGCCACAGGACUUGCGAAUCGCGCGUUGCAUGAAGCUACGAAAUACGCUUUGGAGCGCAAAACUUUCGGCGUCCCGAUUGCCCAGCAUCAGGCAGUCGCCUUCCUCUUAGCUGAUAUGGCGGUUGGCGUAGAGACUGCCCGGCUCGCGUGGAUGAAAGCUGCUUGGCUCGUUGACCAUGGUCAAAGAAACACUGUACUCGCGUCAGUGGCAAAACUGCACGCAUCUGAAGUCGCAAAUAAGGCAGCUUCAGAUGCAGUCCAGAUCUUCGGCGGCAACGGAUUUAACACAGAGUAUCCAGUGGAAAAACUGAUGAGAGAUGCCAAGAUCUACCAGAUUUACGAGGGAACCUCUCAGAUUCAAAGAGUUAUAAUUUCAAGAGAGUUAUUCUCGGCAGCUAAGCAGACCGCUUAAAAACGGUACUCACUUCUGUAUAGUACUGAGAAUUUUAUAUACACAUUUACUGUAGCAGAUCAAUAUAAUAUUAUGUCUUGAUUAUGUUAAGAUUGAUGUAAUUUUUUGAGCAACUGUUUAUAAUAAGUCCUUGGGUAAAAUUAAUAAUAACGGUUUCGCAAUUAAUUUGUAUUGUUGAAUGUAAUUUUAUGUCUUUGUGUUUAUACACACAAAUAAUAAAAUGAUUUGUUUUA